UCUAGGCUGGUUUCUUCCCAUUGGCUGGCCAGGUUUUAUUUUAUUGGGAGGUGUAGUUUCCAAGUUGUCAAGGGGCCAUACCUGCUGGUGCCUCUUUGGAGCAAAGUACCUGGAGGCAGGGGGCCCACACCCCACCCCGUAACAAUGACAGUGGAUGAGUUGGUUUUCUUUGUGAAUGGCAAAAAGGUGGUGGAGAAGAAUGCGGACCCAGAAACAACCCUUUUGGCCUACCUGAGAAGAAAAUUGGGGCUGAGCGGGACCAAGCUGGGCUGUGGAGAAGGGGGCUGCGGGGCUUGCACGGUGAUGCUUUCCAAGUAUGAUCGUUUCCAGAACAAGAUAGUCCACUUUUCUGCCAAUGCCUGCCUGGCCCCCAUCUGCUCUUUGCAUCAUGUUGCCGUGACGACUGUGGAAGGAAUAGGAAGCACCAAGUCGAGGCUGCAUCCUGUGCAGGAGAGAAUUGCCAAAAGCCAUGGCUCCCAGUGCGGGUUCUGCACCCCUGGCAUCGUCAUGAGCAUGUACACGCUGCUCCGGAACCAGCCUGAGCCCACCAUUGAGGAGAUCGAGGAUGCCUUCCAAGGAAACCUGUGUCGCUGCACGGGCUACAGACCCAUCCUUCAGGGCUUCCGGACCUUCGCCAGGGAUGGUGGGUGCUGUGGAGGAAGUGGGAACGACCUGAACUGUUGCAUGAACCAGAAGACAGACCACAAGCAGAUCACUCUCUCGCCAUCUCUAUUCAACCCGGAGGAGUUCAUGCCGCUGGAUCCCACCCAGGAACCCAUCUUCCCCCCAGAGUUGCUGAGGCUGAAAGAUACACCUCAGAAGCAGCUGCGUUUUGAAGGCGAGCGAGUGACCUGGAUCCAGGCCUCAACCCUGCAGGAGCUGCUGGACCUCAAAGCCCAGGACCCCGAGGCCAAGCUGGUGGUGGGGAACACGGAGAUCGGCAUUGAGAUGAAAUUUAAGAAUAAGCUGUUUCCUAAGAUGGUCUGCCCAGCCUGGAUCCCUGAGCUGAAUUCAGUGGAGCAUGGACCUGAGGGUAUCUCCUUCGGAGCCUCGUGUCCCUUGAGCUUUGUGGAAAAGACGCUGCUCGAUGCAGUCGCCAACCUUCCUGCCCACCAAACAGAGGUGUUCAAAGGUGUUUUGGAGCAGCUGCGCUGGUUUGCUGGGAAGCAGGUCAAGUCUGUGGCGUCCAUCGGAGGGAACAUCAUCACCGCCAGCCCCAUCUCUGACCUCAACCCUGUGUUCAUGGCCAGUGGGGCCAAGCUGACCAUCGUGUCCACAGGCACCAGGAGGGCGGUUCGGAUGGAUCACACCUUCUUCCCCGCGUACAGAAAGACCCUGCUAGCUCCGGAGGAGAUACUGCUUUCCAUCGAGAUCCCCUACAGCAGGGAGGGUGAGUAUUUCUCAGCCUUUAAGCAGGCCUCUCGGAGAGAAGAUGACAUCGCCAAGGUGACCAGCGGCAUGAGGGUCCUGUUCAACCCGGGAACCGCGCAGGUGAAGGAGCUGGCCCUUUGCUACGGCGGAAUGCACGACAGAACCGUCUCGGCCCUCAAGACCACGCGGAAGCAGAUAGCAAAUUUCUGGAACGAGGAGCUGCUGCAGAACGUGUGUGCGGACCUGGCGGAGGAGUUGUCCCUGGCCCCCGACGCCCCUGGCGGCAUGGUGGAGUUUCGGCGUACCCUCACCCUCAGCUUCUUCUUCAAGUUCUACCUGACAGUGCUUCAGAAACUGGGCAUACAGAACUCGAAAGAUAAGUGCGGCAAGCUGGACCCCACCCAUGCCAGUGCCACCUUACUCUUUCAGAAAGACCCUCCAGCCAACGUCCAGCUCUUCCAAGAGGUGCCCAAGGGUCAGUGCGAGGAGGACAUGGUGGGUCGGCCCCUGCCCCACCUGGCCGCGGCCAUGCAAGCGUCUGGGGAGGCCGUGUACUGUGACGACAUCCCUCGCUACGAGAAUGAGCUGUCCCUCCGGUUGGUCACCAGCACCCGGGCCCACGCCAAGAUCAAGUCCAUAGAUACUUCAGAAGCUCAGAAGGUGCCAGGGUUUGUCUGCUUUAUCUCUGCUGAUGAUGUUCCCGGGAGUAAUAUAACUGGAAUUGGUAAUGAUGAAAUGGUGUUUGCAAAGGAUAAGGUGACUUGCAUUGGGCACAUCAUUGGUGCUGUGGUCACCGACACCCGAGAACAUGCCCAGAGAGCCGCUCAAGCGGUGAGAAUCACCUAUGAAGAUCUUCCAGCCAUUAUCACAAUAGAGGAUGCUAUAGCAAAAGACUCCUUUUAUGAGCCUGAGCUGAAGAUAGAGAAAGGAAACCUCACGAAGGGGUUUUCGGAAGCAGACAACAUUGUUUCAGGCGAGUUGUACAUUGGUGGCCAAGAGCACUUCUACCUGGAGACUCACUGCACCAUCGCUGUCCCCAAAGGCGAGGCAGGGGAGAUGGAGCUCUUUGUGUCUACACAGAACACCACGAAGACCCAGAGCUUUGUUGCAAACAUGUUGGGGGUUCCGGCAAACCGGAUUUUGGUCCGGGUGAAGAGAAUGGGAGGAGGCUUUGGAGGGAAAGACACCCGGAGCAGUCUGGUGUCUACAGCUGUGGCCCUGGCUGCAUACAAGACGGGCCGCCCCGUGCGCUGCAUGCUGGAUCGUGACGAGGACAUGCUGAUAACUGGUGGCAGACAUCCCUUCUUGGCCAGAUACAAGGUUGGCUUCAUGAAGACUGGGAGGGUUGUGGCUCUGAAGGUGGAACACUACAGCAAUGCGGGGAACACCCUGGAUCUCUCCCAGUAUAUAAUGGAACGAGCUCUAUUCCACAUGGACAACAGUUAUAACGUCCCCAACAUCCGGGGCACUGGGCGGAUAUGCAAGACCAAUCUGCCCUCCAACACAGCAUUCAGGGGCUUUGGGGGGCCCCAGGCAAUGCUCAUUGCCGAGUAUUGGAUGAGUGAAGUCGCAGUGACCUGUGGGCUGCCGGCAGAGGAAGUGCGAAGGAAAAACAUGUAUAAGGAAGGGGACCUGACCCACUUCAACCAGAAGCUUGAGGGGUUCAACUUGUUCAGGUGCUGGGAUGAAUGCCUAGCAAGCUCUCAGUAUCAUGCCCGGAAGAGGGAGGUUGACAAGUUCAAUGAGUAAGCACCGGGAGGGGAGGAGUCUGAUAUUCUGACAUUCUUUCGGGUUUCAUAUUCCACAGCCCAUUUGCCAUACUCAGAAUACCAAGCUAGUAAGGUGCUUGAGGG